UAUAAAUCCCGAUGUUGGCAGUAACUGUUCAGCCCCGUCCCGUUUACGCAUCUUUUUUUGUGUAGCAGCCUUUAUAAAUGAGGCCCCGGGUUAAUAAGCAUGCGGUUUUUCUCUGAAUAAUACCUUCUCACCUCGGCUCAACUCUACUCCACUCUACUCAGCUUUGGUGCCAGAUGUUUCCUUUUCGACAGCAAAAAAGUAACCCCUUAAUGUAGCUGGGUACCAUAGCGUCUUGAGAGGAAGCUACCGUGGCGUCAUUAACGCAGGAUACACAGUAACAGCAAUCGUAACAAUAACAGCAAUGGAGGAAAUCAAUGCUCUGCUCUAAGAUCUCUGGGGCUGAGUUAUUUAAAAUGCCGGGCUUGUUCAGAACUUCUGCAGUACACAACAAUGACAAUAGUGACCAAUCAGUAACCUGCAAUACUUGCACGUCACCUUUUGGUAUUGCCUCAGCUCGCUUGGAACCUCGACGGAGGUGAUACCAAAAAUAGUACCAGGUAAGUAAAGUAAGUAAGUAUUUCAUUUGUAUAGCGCAUUUUCUAGCACAAUGGCAGCUCAGGUACCAGGUAUGAGUUUUUCGUAGUGGAGAAAAAAGUGAGUAGAGUCAAGGCGAGUUUAGUAGGUACCAUUCAGUGGAAAACCGGCAACAAUGUGUCUUCUAGGCAGUACUGUGUUUGUAUAAACAUGUGUCUUGUGUCAGAAACAAACAUGACAGACAUUGAAUUCUUUCAUUCAGGUUAUGAACGGUACAAAGCACAUAGCACCUCUACACAUAGUGUUAUCACAAACACAUACUUAUGGAUGCACAAACAUCCACCCAUAAACACACACACACACACACACACACACACACACACACACAAACACACACACACACACACCUGUGAAUUUGAUGAGUGUGUCUUUUGUUCCUGGCUUCAGGUUUUUUUCCCACCCACAAAACAGCUCUUCCUGUCAAAGAGCUCCGGCAGCCUCCAGCUCAAGGAGUUUGCCCGCAAGAAUGCUGCCAACGUUCUCUCCGUCACCAACAUGCUAAUGGGCAUGGCCUCCAUCCUCAGCAGUCUGAAUGGUCACCAGUACGCUGCCUGCUGGCUGGUCCUCAUUGGUUACCUCCUUGAUCUGGCUGACGGGGCAGUUGCCAGGAGACUUAAUGCCUGCUCAGCGCUGGGUGCUAAGCUUGAUGACUUUGCAGAUUUCACCACAUUUGGGAUUGCUACCUCGCUGCUCUUGAGAACCGAGAGCCUUCUGGACAACCUCCUGUGCAUGUGCUACGUCCUCUCAGUGUUCACUCGCCUUUGCUUCUUCUCCAGUGGAAUCCCCUUCAUGUACCGUGGCCUCCCCUGCAUCUACUCCUCGGCCAUCCUGGCCUGUGUCUCGCUGCUCUCUGGUGGCCACAUGGUGGUCCUGCGCGUCACCGCCAUGGCCAUGAUCCUCUUCAUGAUUAGCCAGACCUUCUACCCCCAUGACCGCGUGCUGGAGUCCCAGGCCUGGAAGAAGGUCGUCUAUGCAGGAGGCAUCAUCAUGGUGUUCUGCUCUUCCUUCCCGCCGGCGUGCGUCUACUACCUGCUGUGGUCCAUGUCCUACAUCCUUUUCCCUGCCUCCCUCUGGAGCUGCAAGGUGUAGAGGGAGCAACGGCCAUUUUGUACACUCAGACACUAGAAAAGGGCCUAUGCGAUGGCCAAUCGCAUCUUCUGCUGCUUGUUGCCAUGGAGAAUCCAAACCCCACUCAGUCUCAGGCCCCUGGGGGAAGUGUUUGCCCCCUCCCCUCCCCCCUUCAUCUCUUGUCAGUCUCAAGGUGAAACAGCGGCUCCUGAAGUCGUCCUAUUUGGCCAGACUCAUGGAAACAUCCAUGGGCAUUUUGAAUGUUUUGUUUGUGUUGCUUUUUUCCCCUUCCUUAUGAUCUCCUCCCUGUAGAGUAAAGGAUGGGAUGAUUAAGGUGAAGAUUUCCUCUGCAGGCUGCCUCAGAUAUACUGCCAUGGCCCAGAGACGCCCCUGCAUUGGUGUCUCAGAGUGUCACGUCCAUCCUGUCCACACUAUGAGAGAGAGAGAGAGAGAGGGAGAGGUUUAUCUCCUGGCUGUGACUUCUAUGGACCUGUUGUUGAUCUUUUGGUGUUUCACAAUAUAGAAUGAAAAUUGCACCCAAUCAGAAAUUUUGUCGGCAGUGUUAAGAGAUAGCUAGUUUGCUGUGCUCUUUCUGUGGGUUUACAUGAUUUUCAGUAUUUAACAUAAUGCAGACGAAACAUUUUACAUAAACACAUGUAAAUCGAAUACACAAGAUAAUUGGCCAGUGCACGAUAAAAGCAUGACAAGAAAGUGGUGUUUAUUGACAAUGUUACACCAAUUGUACUUGUUAUGAAGCAAUGGGUGGGAUGAUUUUAAACAGAUUAUUAUUCUUUAUUCAAUUACUUUUGUGAACUGUGGAAUAUUGUUGAUGAAAAAAUACAACCUCUAGAUACCCUCCUGUAGGCCCAAUACUGUAUGGGGCUGAACUGACAGCACCUCCAAUGUAGUGUGUGUGUGUGUGUGUGUGUGUGUGUGUGUGUGUGUGUGUGUGUGUGUGUGUGUGCGUGUGUGUGUGUGUAAAUGGUAAAUGUCCCUGUUAAGAAACAGCUGACAUGGCUGCAAUGAUGAAUCUACCUGACUAUGAAGCCACCAUCCUCCCUGGCCAUCCUUGUCCAUCAUAAACCCCAGAUCCACAACAGUGUUGGACUGACCCUACACCACGCAGUCACUCUGUGCUGUGUUUUGUAUGGACCUUGUGGUGAGAUGGCGUGUGUGCACAGAUAGUCCUACCCGUGUGGGAGUGCUUUGACUGUUUGUACUGGACUGUAGUUGAGUGUUCGCUUGGUUUCAUUUCAUGAGAAUUCCGCCUCACAGACAUGUCGUGACAUCUGUGUUGGGAGCAUGGUAGGCACCUCAUCAGGAGAGAGUAUGGACACAGACAGACCACUGGCACUCCACACACAUUCCACUGUUGAAGCUCACCGUGAUGGCCAACGGAUUUAUUUUUCUUUCUUUUUUUUACUUUUUGUUUGUGCUUGGGUUCCAUAAUAGUUCAAGAGAGUUACUAGAACUGUGUUGUACUUUUCUAAGCUCACAUGAUCUGGUGCGUAUUUGAUGUUUCUGUAAUUCCAAAUUAGUUUGUGAUUUUAGAGUCCCUACGGAUGACAAAAUCCCCCUGGAUGAACAUACUGAGAUUUACACUCUGUGUAGCAAACUGAUCUUCAUGGGGCAGGAUGAUGGUUAUUAAAGACUCAUUAAUCUUG